AUGUCCAAGGUUAUGGACGACAUUGAGCGCACUCCUGACUACGUUCAAUUCAUCAACAAUCUCAAGGAGUUCCAUGCCAGCAAAGGCACUACUCUUCAAGCUGAACCUAUUCUUGGUGGCAAGAAGCUCGAUCUCUAUAAGAUUUUCCAAGCUGUGAUCGACGCAGGUGGAUUCGAUCAGGUUACCAAGAGCCGUUGCUGGAAACAUGUGGGAGAUGCAUUCAACUUUCCAAGUACAUGCACGAAUAGCGCGUAUAUUCUAAAAGGAGUCUAUAUCCGAAAUUUGUUGGGUUGGGAAGAAGAGAUGGUUUGGGGCAAACAUUGGGAUCCACCAGAGGAACUUCGUGGUCCGAAUGCCCAUAAAGCAUCGACCCUUGCCGGCAAGUCAUUCAAGAAAAAGCCCGCGGCUGGUACACGUUCCAAAAGCACAACAACGACAACAACAACAAAGGCACCGCAUUAUACUCCUAUCCGGCCUGAUCCGAAUCCCCGUGAAACGUUCUCCAUGGUGAGCGUUGGUCAAUCGUUACCCACGUUACGUUCGAGCUUUUCAUUCGAGGAGCUUGCUAUCAGAAACGAACCCAGCCAGUGCACUAUUGCCGAGACGCAUCACCAAAGUCAUCCAUCCACACACAUACACAUUAUGGAGGAAGAUCGUAUGGAAUGUCUCAGAGCAAACAAGCUGGAUAGCAAUAUCAAGCAACGUGUAUUGUUAGCGAUACAAUCUUCCAACCCGAUGGAUGUGGAUUGGGCCCUCAACUGUAUUGUCACCAUUUCAUUCGAAUGCCCAGAGCAACUACAGCUUGACAACACGCCGCUUUUACUUGACUUGCUAUUGAAACGAGGCGAUCCAUUUCUUUUGGGCCAGCAGGACCGGCCUUCCAUCAUCAAAAUCUUACACAUCUUGCGCAAUUUUUCCUUCCUUGAAGUCAACGCACGCAUCCUUGCUUCUGAUACCAGGUUACGUUCAAUGAUACAAAGAAGUCUGGCACUUGGUGCGUCCAACGACAUUGACCUUGGACGACAUUGUAUCGACGUACUCGAGAAUAUUGCUUCCUUUAUUGAACUCUCCGGACCCUUUGACGAGCUCAUCCCAUGUCUUGCCAACCUGCUCAAUUCUCAAGAACGCCCGCUCUUGAUAGGCGCGUUACAUGUGUUGACGAGUUUAGCCAUGGUGGAGAGCAACCAAGUCUAUCUACUAUCAGGAGCCAUGACUACAGUUGCACGUGCCACCCAAUUACUCGUGAUCAAUGAUGAAGAAUUGGUUGGCUAUGUCAUUGAGUAUCUCUAUCAAUACAGUCGAAUAUCGGCCGACUUCAAACGACAAUUGAUGACCAUCCAUUCUGGCGCUGAUAUUGGUAUCCUCGUAUCAUUGUUGAGUGUCAAAAGCAAGUUCUUUAUACCCAAGGUUAUUCGUGAUCGUGAAGAUGGUUCGUCCCAGUCAAGUGCAUCUCCUCGAAGUGCGUCAGGAUCUCCUUUGGGUGUUGCUGAACCACAUGGUGUGGUGCCUUGUAUGCCGAAUCUUAGCGCUUAUCAAGAACUUGAUGAGCCAUAUCGUUGUCUUGGCUGGUUGAAGGACAAGUUUGAAGUAUCGGCACAAAGUAGCGUGUUGUCUUUGGAUGACAUGUAUCUCUUGUAUGAAAUGAGAUUUGGCCAGGAAGGAGCAUUGAAGAUGAAGGACUUUUACACAGUAUUGAAGAUUGCAUUUCCCGAGGCUUCGGCGGCAGACAAUUCUCAAAGCGGAAUGAUCCUCGAAGGAACCCUGGUACGAGGUAUCCAAAUCAAAAUGACGAUUCUUCAAGAUGGUGCUGAGCUCAUGUGUCAAUGGACGAAUUGUUCACAAUCGUUUGAGGAUGAGUUACACCUUCAGAGGCACGUUAUACAAGAGCAUGUCGGUGCACAUGAAGCUGAUAUCAAUGGAUUCGAGUGUAUGUGGACCAAUUGUGCCAAUACCAUGCACGAGUUUAAGGACAAGGAUGAAAUGGCUAUGCAUCUUGGAACACACUUUGACGAUGGACAACAAAUCGCCGUACCUGCUUCGAAUACCAUGAGCAAUGGUAAUGAUGGUGCUACCAUGAUUGAUUAUUCUGAACCACAAGGCAUUGCAUUCGUGGCGGCCCACUUGCUUCGACAACUCUCCAAAGAUCCACAGAGCCAUCAUUACUUCAUGCCAUACGAAACAGAGCUUUUGGCUAUCGCAAGGAGGCAACCCAAAAUGGCUCCCCAUAUUCAAUCCAUGUUCUCCCAUUUCUCUAUUGCAUCAUCCUCUUCAUGA